AUGGGUGCUUUUCAAUCAUCGUUUCGGCGAGGGGGUAAUGAAACAAAGUUCGACUGGGUGAUUGAAAAGACACCACAUACAAAGGAAGGCUUGUAUAUGUCACCAGUUUUCAUCCAGGACAAAGAAGCGUUUGUUUGUCUGUUGUAUCCCCCAACAGAAACGCUUAUUAUAUAUUGCUGCUCAGCACUUCAGUGGAGCUUUGAUGAAUUCUUCGACAUAAAAAUCAAAAUUCACUUAGAUAAGAAAAAAAUUAAUACAAGAUCGACAUUUACAAAGCGAAAUCCAUUUUGCUUAAUUAAAUAUGAUGCAUCUCCAUCAAAAAUUAGCAUUAAAAUACAAAUGCCGCCAUUUUAUCCAUAUACUCGCGAAGAAAGAUUUGUCGGCAUUAGAAACUCAGGAGCUACAUGCUAUAUGGCUGCAGUAUUGCAAAUACUAUACAAUUUAGGUGCAUUUAGACAGCUUAUUUACAGUUUUAAUCAACCUCCAAAAUUGACAUCCGCAAUUCAACAGUUAUUUGUAGAAUUACAGCUUUCUUCGAAGCCUCCAACAGUAGAUAAAUUACUUCGUGCUCUUGGAAAUGCUGCAGAAAUAGCCAGAAUUCAACAAGAUACACAUGAAUUUCUUUUAGCUCUUUUAGAUAAUCUGGAGCAUGAACUAGGCAUAGUAUUCGGAAAUAAUAUUAAAGUUAUGAUGAGCGUUAAUAUAAAUGUAUCAACUACAGAUAAAGAUAAAAAUACCAAGAUUACUGAGGAAUCAGUACUUACUUUACCACUUGUUGUCGAUAGCCUACAUAGUGUUAUCGAAAGUAUCUCAUUAAUGACAGCUCCUGAGACAAUUUCAAGCGAUGAAGGAGAUAUUAUACAAAAAAGAUCAUUUACGAAGCUUCCACCUGUUCUAGCAUUACACUUAUGCAGGUUUAAGUUCAGUCGUACAGAAGGAAAAGUAAUAGAAGUGAAAACAAGAUUUGAUUGUCCAAAUACGAUAAAUUUAAAAGAAUUUGUUGAUGAUUUUUAUAACGAUGAGACUGAGUACAAUUUAUUUGCAGUUGUGGCCCAUUGCGGAAACCCAGAAAGUGGUCAUUACAUUUCUUACAUAAAACUAUGCGGGAAAUGGAUGAAAUUCGAUGAUAUAACAGUAACGCAAGUAGAUUUUGCAGAAGUUCAGCAAACUUUCGGAAAUCGCGACGAUCAAAAUUCAAGUUUCACUUUUUUGUUCAAUUAUGGAGCUCCUGUUGCUUAUUUAGUGUUCUACGUUCGAAAUGACUGCGACCAAUUUAUUGAUGCCGGAGACGAUGUACCUGUAUUUCUCGCUCCCUACAGAUCUAACUGUUUAUUCUCCAGAUUUAUCUUUUCAGAUAAUAUCAAGGGUUCAGAAAUCCUGUCGAAUACUCCUUUCUUUGAAUGGAGUACGAAAUCAGAUUCCAUCUCAGAAGUUAUUAAAAGAAUCAGACCAGAUUUCAAUCAGGCAAAUCACUAUGUGUGGAUAAGAUUCCCAGGCAAUGCUUUAUUCUUAGGUCCUAUUGAUCUAAAUGAAAAAGCAGAAAAUUAUAUCGUCAAAGGUCAUUCAAACAUCUUCUUUAUCCUUCCGAAAUCACUUAAUCCAGGACCAGUAUUCUUGCUAACAGAAUCUCUUCCACGAAAAGUUGUUGGUUGUGAUAUUGCAGAAAAUAUCCAUAAAUCUCUUCCAGAAAAUGCAAUGAUUAUGCUUCAUGGGCAUACUAUGAAGACAUGUGUUGGCAUGCGACCAGGAACAAAUGCAUUAGAACACUUAAUUGUUCCAAUUAAAAUUAUUGUUAACAAUACUGUUUACCAAAUGCCACAAAACUCGACUUAUAGUGAUCUCCAGCAACGUGUUGCUCUCACUAUGAACGCAUCUCCCUCAAAAAUCCUUUUUUAUACCCAAGAAGAUAUUAUUUAUCCAGGAAGUUAUCCAUACGCCACAAUGUUUCCAUCCAAAGUUAGUGCAUUGAUAUUAGAUAACGAUAUCACCGCCAAAUCCAUUUCCCUUUACACUCCGAUCAGAUUAAUUUUAGUUUAUCCAUCCCACGUGAAAAAGAUCGAAUGGCCACUCUGGAUGAAGAUCGGUAGUUCAGUUUCAGACAUAGAAACCGAAGUACACAGGCGAUAUCCAGAUUUCAGAGUUAAUGAACACAUGAAAUUACAAUUUUCCAGGGGAACAGAGACAUGUAUCGAGAAAAUAUACCAGAACACUGAUAUUCCGACGAAAGGAAUCACUCGUAUUGAUACAGUUCGCGAUGUUGUCCCAUCAAAGAGAAAUGAAUUUAAAGAAAUCCUUGGAAAAGGAAAUUCAUUCUCAAUAGAAGUGAGAUUGAUGAAAAAGAACAUAUUUUAUGGUGUUUCCAGACUGUUGUCAAUAAAUUCACAGACAACUUUGAGAGAUAUUUUCCAAAAAAUGCUGAGAAUGAGUAAAAUUUCGGAUGAAUUCUCUCGAGGAAAGUUGUUCAUCACUGAGAAACAGAAAAUAGAAGAAGAAAUAGAACCAGAUGAUAUAAUUUUCAAACGUCUUCAAAAUUUCAUUUCGAAGAUGACUGCUCCUAAACAGAGAAUCUGUCUUUCAAUCGAAACUCAGGAUCCUCUGCAGGCUGGAAUGUUCAUUAUUCGUUCGUAUAGUGGAUAUUUCCGUCCUGAAUAG